AUGACGGAAUCGCAAAAUCGUCAAAGCAGCGCAAGAUCGCCAAGCGCUGCACCUGGCCGGACACGCGUAGCUCGUGUGGCUUGCAAGGCGUGUCACGCAAGACGGGUAAAGUGUGACGCCGCUGAUGGGCAGCCGUGUUGGCAUUGUCGCACGCGCGAUGUUAUUUGUGAGUUGAUAGACUCCAAACGUGGAAAGUUGGUAGAAAAUUAUGAUAUGAGGAAGAAUUGGAGACUCAUGGGCUUAUAUUCUAGACGAAGUAAUGCGCAACGCGUGUCAAGAAGAAAGCAGGCGCAGAGUCCGGUUGAUCAACACGAUACAUUGAGCGACAGUAUCGCAGUAAUUACGCCUCAGAGUAACGAAAAUUCGCAAUACCAAGAUCAAAGCCAGCCUGUCCCUCCGACUAUCGCAAGGGAUAAUGAGCCGGGUUCUCAGCAACAGAGCUUGUCCGGGAAUGACAAGUCAUACUUCCUGGGCGACUCAAGCAGCUUAUCGUACAUCGUCGAGAUGAUAUGUAGUCCAAGAGGUGGUGUUAGCGAGCCCGUCAAAGUCCACUACCCCAUACCAGCAUCGAUAGCAGACCGCGCAAUUAUUCCAACACGACCCCAAGUGGAACCACUUAGUGUACGGGAUGCACUGACGAUGCCGCCAAAAGAGAUAUCCGACCGUCUCGUGUAUACCUUUUUCGAGAUCAUUCAUCCGCCUUAUCCGGUGAUAGACAGGCGUGCCUUUUCGGAGUUGUACAGACAGGACAAAGCGUCGCCUAUGCUUUUACAUGCGAUGUUCCUUGUCACGUUCAUUCUCUGCGAUGAGAGUCUUAUACAGGCUGCUGGGUUCAGUGAUCGGACCGCUGCUCGCAAACAUCAUUAUCUUCGAGCGAAAACACUGUAUGAUGUUGAUCAUGAGACUGACCGGAAUGUCCUCACAGCAGCAAUCUUUCUUUUGGGGUUUUGGUGGAAUGGACCGGAUGACCAGAAAGACUCGUGGUUCUGGCUUGGAUGUGCGACGUCUUGUGCGCAGUCUUUAGGGAUGUAUCGCUCGACGGUUGCUUCGAGGCUGAGUCCUGAGAAAAGAGCGUUGCGGAAACGAAUCUGGUGGUCCAUCUAUACUCGCGACCGACAUACCGCAGCAUGCCUCGGCAAGCCAUGCAGAAUCAGGGACGAAGACUGCGACAUCGAACCUCUGACUGAAGAAGACUUUUACUUUGACGACGAUCACAACGAUCCUCUAAUAGCCCGACAAGAAGAGUACCAUACGGCUCUCGCGAUAGAGAUGACGAAGGCUGCCGAGAUCCGUGAGUUCAUUUCUACCGAUGGCCUUUCCUCUCAGGUUACUAACCUUUGCCUAGUCGGAGAUAUCGUAAUCGCAGAAUACAGUCCUCGACGACCUGACUUGGAACAAUACAGACCAGACCGUCUGAAACAAAGACUUGAACAAUGGGAAGCACAGCUGCCAAAGUGCAUGCAGAGGGCCCAGCUUGAUGAGACACUGGGCCCAGCGUUCUGGGCGACCCAGUUGCACAUGGCUUACCAACCCAAGGCAAUUGAGGACCUCACACCGUCUGAAGCCGAAGGAGACAUUUGGGCGCGAAGGGCCGCUGAUUCCAUCACUCGUAUGACCGAGGAUCUCCUUGCGGUCGGAGCAAUGAGUAAGAGUCAAAUGCACAUGCAAGUCGACCUCGCCUCCAAUUCCACUCCGAGUCUAACCUGUUCUCAUGUCCCCGCUGUCUUCGGCGCCCUCUCCAUCCACACUCUCGUCAUCUGCCGCAAGGACCCCAUCCGACGACAACUCGCCGGCAACAAAUCACGGCAAUGCAUCCUCGCACUAAGUGAACUCGCAAAGCACUGGCCCGUAGGGCUAUGGAUCAUGAGAUUCUUCGGCAACCUCAUGCGAAGACUCACAGGUCAAGGGUCUGCAGUCUCAGCAGGCUCAAUAGUUGACGUGACGUCGCGCAUUGCAAACUGUAACCGUAAUGAAGACUCUACUCUGAAUACCUCCGCGGAAGUCAGUAGGGCAAUGUCUCAGACGUUGGCGGAGAAUGGUGGUUCGUUCACUGACGCCACAAACGCCCAAGUUGCUGGCGCUGUGAUGGAAACAAAUGAUCUGUUCCAACAGCCGGCAGAUCAGUUCGGUUUCGAUAAUUUUUGGGCGGAGAAUACCAUUGAUGUUGAUCUACUACUUCAACAUGGUUUAUGUCCAUUGCUGCCCGGCAACUUUGGUACUUUCCCGCCGUUGGCAGAUUCACAAGGCUAUUAG